UUCAUUGGUGCAUUCACUGCCUCGGUAGGUUCAUCACUCUCUCUCUCUCUCCACAUCUACAGUGUAAGUAGAGAGAGAAUGAGGCCUCAAAUAGUAUUAUUUGGGGACUCAAUCACGGAGCAAUCCUUCAGAUCAGGUGGAUGGGGUUCAGCUCUUGCCGAUACCUACUCUCGCAAGGCAGAUGUUCUGGUUCGUGGGUAUGGUGGAUACAACACACAAUGGGCCCUCUUCUUGUUGCAUCAUCUUUUCCCUCUGGGCUCUGCAACACCUCCUGCUGCUGCCACAAUUUUUUUUGGAGCUAAUGAUGCAGCCCUUUUAGGGAGGAACAGUGAACGGCAACAUGUGCCUGUUGAAAUGUAUAAGGAGAAUCUUCAAAAAAUUGUUCGUCAUUUGAAGGAAUGUUCCCCCUCAAUGCUAGUGGUACUUAUAACUGCACCACCAAUUGAUGAGAAAGGACGUAUGGCUUAUGCACGAUCUUUAUAUGGUGAAAAAGCAAUGACACUGCCAGAAAGGACAAAUGAAGUUGCAGGACUUUACGCCAAACAGUGUGUAGAGUUGGCCAAGGAACUAGGUGUUCCUUCCAUCAAUCUGUGGUCCAAGAUGCAGGAAACAGAGGAUUGGCAAAGAAAGUUCCUUAGCGAUGGGUUGCACCUUACACCUGAAGGCAAUGCAGUAGUCCACCAAGAAGUUGUUAGAGUUUUCAGUGAAGCAUGGCUUUCUGCUUCGGAAAUGCCCUAUGACUUCCCUCACCACUCAGAAAUUGAUGGAAAGAACCCUGAGAAAGCUUUCCAGAAACAAUGCUUACAAUAUUAUGGUUUUUAGGGGGGAAAACUUUUAUUUUUUCCUGUUUUGGAACUCUUCUGGUUUCUUCAAAUCCCCCCCAAAAAGAGCACCUUUUGGUGAUUGUGUUAUCUGAAUAUUUCAAGGGUUAGAAGUUAGAUUAGUAGAUGCAGAGAGUCGAAGUUUGGCACUUCAAAGUCCACCGGAGUGCACUAACCCACUGGACUAUCGAGACAUCAGCAUUUUUAUUGCUUUAUUGAUGGUGGUGAUACUCUAUAUAUAUUGAAUAUUUUAUGGAUCUUUGUUGCUUAA